ACCCUUUUGUCAAUGCUGAUUUCCGCCUACCCCCUCGCAGCCGUCACGCCCAGCGUUCUGUCCGCGGUCGGGAACCUGACGGCGUACAUGCGCGCAGCGCUGAGCAGGGCUCUGCGCUCUUCGUGGCUUCGCGAUCGUACUCGCAGUGCGGCGCUUCGAAAAGCGGCCUCCAUGGGGGUAACUCUGGGAUUCCCCGACCGCUUCUCGCGCGAGUCCCAGCUGAACGCGUACUUCGCCACGCUGGAUGACGUUCGCCCCCGACAAGUCGCUGUCGUCCUGGUUGGCACUGCGCCGUUUCCUGCAGGAACAACUACGACAAACUGAGGGCGACCAAGUUGACCUGGCUGUUGCGUACGCGCACAAGGUGAACGCGUACUACCUGUCCGGCAACCGGGUGCUGGUUCCCGCGGGCAUCAUCCAAGAGCCCGUCUAUUUCCACGACGCUGCCGACGCCUACAACUACGGCUCACUAGGACAGGCUGUUGGGCACGAGAUGAUGCAUGCGUUCGACACGGGUGGUCGGAAACUGGACGAAGACGGGAAGCCGUGGUCCUGGACCGCCACGGCGAACCGCGAAUACGAAGAGAGACUGAAGUGCAUCCGCCGCAGCCACGUUGAGGUUGAACAGAAGCUGCUUGCCUCGGAGCCUGGCGUCGGUCAGGACCCGGAGAACCUGGCCGACUUCUCCGGAGCCCCGCUGGCGUACGACGCGUUCCAGUCGCUGCCCAGCCGCAGGCGCGCUCUCACGGUGGCUGGGUUCGGCUCUGAGCAGCUCUUCUUCAUCGGCCACUGCGUCAAGUGGUGCCGUUCGCUGACUCUGCAUCGGAGCGAAGGAUACGCCAGAGGUCGCUCGCGAUGCAUCGUGCCGCUCAUGCACAUGCCCCAGUUCUCGGUGGCCUUCAGAUGCAGCGCGAACGAUUACAUGAACCCGGAGCGCAAGUGCUCCUUCUGGUAGACUGAAC